AUGAAGAAUAUUAGUGGGUUGAGGCAAAAUAGUCUUGCUAAGGAAAAAAAAGAAAAUUUAUCGGAUAUACUGAGCUCCGUUAACGGAAAUAAAGUUUGUGCCGAUUGUGGUACUAAAACUCCUAGAUGGGCAUCGGUAAACCUUGGAAUUCUAAUAUGCAUUGACUGUAGUGGAGUACACCGCCAUCUUGGUGUUCAUAUAUCAAAGGUUAAAAGUAUUUCCUUAGAUACCUGGAAUAAUGACUGGAUAGAAAGGUGUAUGAAAAUAGGUAAUUACAUUUCUAAUAAAUACUAUGAGUACAAAUUACCUAACGGUUUUCAACGUCCAAGUUGGGGUAGUCAACAACACUCUAUUGUAGAGCAAUGGAUUAGAGACAAAUAUGAAUUUAAGCUUUACACUCCCGAUAAUACAAUUCCACCUUCAUUACAAAUUGAAAAUCUGGAGGCAUCAGUACUUCACGAAAAAACUACAUUGAAUUGUAACAAUUUUGAGGAUUUUGUUCAACCUCAGAAAUCUAACUAUUUAAUUUCUAAUAAUUUGUUAGAAAUCGAAGUGGAAAAGAAAGAUACAUUAAGCAAAGGUGAGAAAGUCUUUAAUUUAGAGUUCAAUCAAUUAGGAAACAAAACUGUAAACUCGAAUAUGAAAAACAAAGAAGACCUUGAAAAUCUAACUGAAAGAACUCCUGAAAGAGAGAGCUCAUAUAAAAGUGUUGAAGUUAACAAAAUAAAAAAUGUAAAGCAAGCUAUAGAGAAGAUUUAUGAUGGCAACACCGAAACGCCGCUUUCAUUAAAUCACUUUAAUCAAAUCUUAAAUGCAAGUAUAGGAAAUAUUGAGAAAUCAACAGAUGUUGGCAAUAUUGGUAAAAUUGGUUCUGGUCCUGGUAUCGAUUUGUCUAAAGAAUUUAAAAGUGAAAUAGGAAACAGCAAUCACAUCGGUGAACAUUCUAAAAAACCGUGUCCUUUCAGUUCUAUUGAUGCAUUCUCUAUUAUAAAGGGGUCAUUUUCUAGAUAA